AUGCCCACAUUCACAGCAGAGCAACUGAACACGCUUUGCCCAGCUUUGAACAUCGAUGCUGCUAUGGAAUUAUCCAGUUUGACCGAAAUCCCAUCAGAGUGCUUCAGUGUUAUCACUGAGUCGUCUGAACCUGAAGCAUGGGUGAAGUUCUCGAUGGCAUUUGUCUUCGCAACAUUGGCAGUAGUUGGUAUCAUUGGCAACAUUCUUGUUAUCACCGUUGUCUUCAAAGUACGCGGAAUGAAAACUCCGACUAAUUGUUAUUUGGUGUCAUUGGCGUUUAGUGAUACUCUGUUCUUCAUUGCAACCACACCCACGGAGCUUUCCUCACUGUUCACAAAAGACUACCCAUUUGGGUCACUGUGUUGUUCGUUAUUUACCUAUUUGCCGUACUUGGCCAUCAACUCUUCAGCUCUUUCCAUCACAGCGUUCACUGUUGAGCGGUUUAUCGGCAUCUGUCAUCCGUUUUGGGCCAGAACCAUAUGUACAGUGAAGAGAGCAAAGGUGAUCAUAUGUGGCAUAUGGGUCUUCUCAUUCAUUUAUAAUUUUCCAUGGCUGUUUCUAUCUGGUUUAAUUAUCGAUGAAGAAGGCGGAUAUUGUGACUUCAAAAUGGGUAGAGAGGAUUGGAAAUAUAAGGUUAGUUUAUGA